CUCCUCUCCUCUCUGCUCCUCUCUCCUCCUGCUGUCAGACAUGAAGCUGUCGGGGCUGCUGGCGGUGCUUCUCCUCCUCUCCGGUGACCGGAGGAGCUCCGGGACGUCUCACCCCAAACCGGCCUGCCGGUACCCGCCGUCCCAGUGGUGCCGCUCCCUGGAGAUAGCCAUCCAGUGCCAUGUCCAGAAGCAGUGUAUGGAGGUGAACGCUACCAGGACCAGCCGGGCCGUUCCUCCGGUCUCCGUCACGCUCUACUACGAGAGUCUGUGUCCGGCCUGCAGGAGCUUCAUCACCCAGCAGCUCUUCCCCACAUGGACCAUGCUGCAGGACAUCAUGGCCGUCACGCUGGUUCCCUACGGCAACGCUAAGGAGAUCCCAUCAGGAAACUCUCCGUUCACGUGUCAGCAUGGAGAGGCUGAGUGCAGAGGGAACAUGAUGGAGGCGUGUAUCAUCCAUCUAACGGGACAUUCAGCGUUUCACAUCAUCAACUGCAUGGAGGCGUCUGCAGACGUCCUCAGCGCCGCUCAGCCUUGUCUGCAGCUGUUCUCUCCCUCCGUCUCCUGGUCGCGGGUCGACUCGUGUCUGAACGGCGCUCUGGGUCACCAGCUGAUCCACGCCAACGCCGCCAAGACCCGAGCGCUAGGCCCCGCCCACACACACGUCCCCUGGGUCACCUUCAACGGGGAGUACACGGAGGAGAACGAGGACCGGGCCAUGUCGUCUCUCUUCACCUUGGUUUGCCAACUCUACAAGGGCGUGAAGCCUCCAGCGUGUACUGGAGCUCCAGUCAGACUGAACAGAGGCUUCUGCUGAACAAUAACAUGUAUAAUAAUAACAGCAAAUAAUAAUAAACAUAUUGCACAAAUUAACCCCAUAUAAAUCAUAUUAACAUGUUUAAUAAAAACCCAACGCAUGAUCUCACAUCUGAAGAACUAAAGUGUAUUAAAUGUCUCUUAUGAA